AGGUUAAGCUUCACAUCUCUAGAGGUUGUCAGACCUCGAGAAUGUGAAUCCUAGUUAAAUAAACUCCUGGUUCCAGAAAUGGAGAAUAUGACGCAGAUUCGGGAAUCCUACGCGGGACCGAACCUGUCGAAAUCCGGGAAACCAACUCGUUUUGUGAUUUUUUAAGUUUUUAAUUAAUUUUCAUAUUUUAAUCAUGAUAAACUUGCACCUGAUGAUAUCUAUAUUACAAUUAACAAAUAAAACCACAGUUUUUAACUUUUUUCCUCUAUUUUUCCGUUUUCAGAUUUGUCAGAUUUAGAAAAUGUCUGGUUUUGAUAGUUCGGAUGAAGAGAACGAGGAGAAUGUGCGUCCAGUAGAACCUAUCAGAAUGGAUUGGUUGAACCUAUCUCACCCUGAUCUGUGUAAUACCCUAGCUCUCUCUUCUCUACCAGGAUGCAGAUUUCGAGAUGUUCAGAGGAAUCUGCAAAAGGAUUUGGACCAGAUAUCCCAGGCAGGGAUUUCACAUGCAGUGGUACUCAUGCAGACACCAGAGUUCAGGAAGUACCGAGUACCCGACCUAGUAUACGAGUAUGAGAAGCGUGGGAUUAGUGUUCUCCAGGUACCCCUGGUAGAUGGAGGGGUUCCUACUCCGGAGGAGAUGAUGGAGAUCCUAGAGAACCUGGAGAACCUCAUAGAACAAUCUGGAACUAGGAUACUGAUACACUGUUACGGAGGAUUAGGGCGCACAUGUCUAGUAGCAGCCUGUUUUCUCAUGUACUUGGAUCCAAACCUACUCCCAGAUUCAGUCAUCUCCUAUCUAAGAAAUGUACGAGGUCCCCGUGCAGUUCAGACGGUUCGCCAGUGGAACUUUAUCCAUGAAUUCCGAACCAUGGAACAGGAGUUCCUGGGGAACAGGAACAGGCUGAGAGACGAUAGUUCUAGAAGUGUUUCAAGAUAAAUUAAGAUGUUCUAAAAUCAUAGUCUUACUCCGCUAGUCAGAAAAGUAGUGUUCUUGGUCUUUUCCAGAUUUUAAAUUUCAGCAUUGUUAAACCAAUUAUUGUAUAUUAGAAUUUAGUUUAUAUUUCUUACUUAUUUUUUCUUAUUUAGAUUUCCUUUAAAUUUCCUUUAUAUUAGUCUACUUAUCAUAUCUUUCUUACUUUUCAUUAAUUCACUUUUAUAAUCUGUAAAGACACUAUAUAAAU